AUGCCUUUCUGGACUACUCAGGAUACCCGCAAUGCUUUGGUAGCCACGAUGAUCCCCGGCGGUGCUGCCAUCGCUGCGUUUGCCGUUUUCGCUAGAGACAAGGAAGUCGUUGAUUGGUGGUCUACCGUAAUCAAGAAACCAGACUGGGCUCCAACCGACGUACGGCUAUAUUCCGUAAUGGACAUAUUGGCGUUGUCUCCUUUAGGGUAUGCUUCAUACCUAGUUUACAAAAAUGGAGGAGGCUUUGAUUACACUGAUACUCGCCUAGCCUUGGGUCUUUAUGGAGCGAACAUGGCGCUUGCACUGACAACUAUUCCUCUCGUCAAAAAGAAGAACCUGCCAUGCUUGUGGAAGAAUACGCUUCUUGUUCAUCUGACUGCUGCUGGAGCUGCGUACACGUUUUACAAGAUCGACCAGCAUGCAGGGCUGUGGAUGAUUCCCUACGCGAUCUGGACUGGCUUCUAUGCUUUCCUGACUUACUCCAUCGAUAAGGAAAACCAGGUGAUCAAAGAUAUCUAA